AGGAAGAAGAAGAAGACUUCUAGCUCAGGAGGAGUCGGCGAACGCCGAGCAGCUCAGAACCAUGGCGGAGGUGGAGGAGCUGCGGCCCGUCCCGCGGGAGAGGGCCAUCCUGGAGAGCUUCUUCGCUCAGCUCGGAAUGUUCUCCUUCGACCGGGCCAAGGACUACGUGGAGCGGGAGAAGGACAGCAGCCGGAGCUCCGGGCCCAUCUGGAGCUCCCUGCUGGCUGCGCUGGCUCACCUGGCCGCCGCGGAGAAGGUGUACCACAACCUGACAUUCCUGGGGCAGAAGAUAGGCGGCCAAUCCUUCUUCAGCCGGAAAGACUCCAUCCGCACCGUCUACACGUCGCUGUACAACGAGCUCAGGAAGGUGGUGACCGUGGGGCGCCACAGCCAGCCCACCUCCUCCUCCUCCUCCUCCUCCUCCUCCUCCCUGGAGGACCUCCUUUCUCACCUGUCGGAGCAGCUCUGCCACUUCACCCAGGCCCGCAUGGAGAUGGCCGACCUGUACGAGAAGCUGCACUCGCUGGGCAGCCAGAAGAGCGUGAACUCCGAGGAGCUGGUGUCGGCGCUGGAGGCCACGCUGCAGAAAUACAGCUCCAAGUUCCACCACCCCAUCCUGGCUCGGGUGGAGGAGGGCUUCCAGACGGAGGUGGACGUUGUGACGCAGCUGCUGCGCUGCCAGGCCCAGGUGUCGGAGUGGCACUUCCUGCCCGCGCUGCUCAGCCUCCACGGCGCCCACACCAAGCUCGCCGCCUGGGCUCUGCUCUUCCAGCGGCACAAGGAGACCCGGAAGAACCUGUUCGGGGGUCAGUCCCAGAAGGCCGUGCAGCCCCCUCACCUGUACGUGUGGCUGCAGCGCUUCCACGCCGGGCUGCUCGCCAAGUUCAGCUUCUACUUCCACGAGGCGCUGAGCCGGCAGGCGGCCCCCGGGGAAAUGAAGACCCUGACGGCCCGCGCCGUGCCGGACUACUACGGUAAGAUCUCGGCGUUCAUCAGGAAGCACGACGCCAGCAACGUGUCGCUGGUGUUCGACAACCGCGGCUCGGACAGCUUCCAGGGCCACGGGUACCACCACCCGCACUCGUACCGGGAGGCGCCCAAAGGCGUGGAGCAGUUCCCGGCGGUGGUGUCGCUGCCGUCGGGGGAGCGGCCGCUCACCCACUGGCCCAACGUCAUCAUGAUGAUGAGCGACCGCGCCGCCGAGCUCAACGCCCUGGACAAGGUGGCGCAGUUCUACGACGACAAGGUCCAGAGCACGUACUACCUCACCCGGCCCGAGCCGCACUUCACCCUGGUGGUCAUCUUCGACGGGAGGAAGUCGGAGAAGGACCAGCACAUCACCUCCUUCCUGCAGGAGAUCUCCGGCUCGCUCAGGAACUCCAAACCCUUCAGCGUCCUGAAGCCGGGCUCCAAGGGCUGAGCCGAGACUUUAGGCACAGGACCACGACGAGGCUUAACGUUCCAAGUGUUUUUCCACAAUUUACAAACUAACCUAAUAAAGCUUUCAACAAAUAAA